AUGGCUGAGAUAUUAUUUUUACCUGACAUUGCUGACAAUGUCAAGGGAAAGGUAGUCGUCAUGACAGGUGGCGCGCAAGGAAUUGGCGCAGCAACCGUGUCAAUGCUAUACGAGAGAGGUGCUCAUGUGUAUUUUGGUGAUUGGAAUGAUGUAAAAGGUGAUCAAGUUAUGCAACACCUCCAGUCAAGCCCAUCGAAGCAGAAUGGCGGAUCUGUUCAUUUUCAGAAGCUCGAUGUACGAGACUAUAACGGACAAGUACAACUUUUCAAGACACCAUAUGACGAAAAAGGUCACAUCGACAUUGCCAUCGCAUGUGCUGGUGUCACGGAGCCUGAAGGUGGUUGGUUUUCGCCAGAUCAACUGAAUCUCGAAACCGUCAUGACAGAGCCUGAAAUACUCAAGACUAAUGUCGAUAUCAACUUGACGAGCGUGAUUUACUUUUCCAGAAUAGCUCUUGCUUUCUUGAACGCAGAUAAAGCUCCUACUACAUCAAGUGGCUUCUCCAAAUCUAUCGUCCUGGUAUCUUCCGUUGCUGGGAUAACAGAAGGUGCUGGUCUUUACGCUUACAGUGCAGGCAAGCAUGGAGUUAUAGGGCUUAUGAGAUCUCUACGAGGACCUGUGGAAACGAAUUUCGGCGUCCGCGUUAAUACGGUGUGUCCUUGGGGAACGGAUACGCAAAUGAUUGAUAAAGUACGUUCGUGGUGGACACAGAACAAACUACCUCUGAACCAGCCCAGUGAUGUGGGAAAUUUCAUUGUUCAGCUGGCGGCUGACAAGACCUUGAACGGGAAAUCAGUUCUGGUUGCUGGUGGUAGAGGGUUUGAUACCGAGGAGGGUAUUGACAAGCAUAUGCCAGAGUGGUUUGGGGAGUUUACGGAAGAAUUUCUGCGUGGGCAAAAAGCUCUCGGCACGGGCGGUUCAUGGUCUGGAAAAUGA